UCUCUCUCUCUCUCUCUCCCUCCCCCCCCCAUUUUUCUCUACCCCUUCUUUCUCCUCUCUCAAGUUUCCUCUCUUCUCAGAUCCACAGCAAAGGGAAGAUACAGCUCCAUUCUGCUUUCCGUUUUCAGGUAAGAAGUCCUGAAGAUGGUAUUGAACAUCCACAGAAUGCAGUUACUACUUCUUGUUUUCUUAGUGUGGAAUCCAGCCAGGUUGGUGCUGGCUAACAUCCAAGAAGAUGAGGCUAAAAAUAACAUUACCAUCUUUACAAGAAUUCUAGACAGACUUCUGGAUGGUUACGAUAAUCGGCUUAGACCAGGACUGGGAGGGGUUAGUCCUUGCUCUGCACUCAGAAAUAACUCCUGGCUGGCUCUGGGGACCAAACGGGAUGCCAGAGAUCGAACCAGGUUUGGCUGCGUGAAAGACAGCAUAACUGAAGUUUACACUAACAUCUAUGUGACCAGCUUUGGCCCUGUCUCAGAUACAGACAUGGAAUAUACAAUAGAUGUUUUCUUUCGGCAAAAAUGGAAAGAUGAACGGUUAAAAUUUAAAGGGCCAAUGAACAUUCUUCGACUUAAUAACUUAAUGGCAAGCAAAAUCUGGACUCCUGAUACCUUCUUUCACAAUGGGAAAAAAUCAGUAGCUCAUAAUAUGACCAUGCCAAAUAAGCUUCUUAGAAUUCAGGAUGAUGGCACUCUCCUGUACACAAUGAGGCUUACUGUUCAAGCUGAAUGUCCAAUGCACUUGGAGGAUUUUCCGAUGGACGCUCAUUCAUGUCCUCUGAAAUUUGGAAGCUAUGCAUAUACAACUUCAGAGGUUACUUACAUUUGGACUUACAAUGCUUCGGAUUCAGUACAGGUGGCUCCUGAUGGCUCUCGCCUCAAUCAGUAUGAUCUAUUGGGCCAGUCAAUUGGGAAAGAAACUAUAAAAUCCAGUACAGGUGAAUAUACUGUAAUGACAGCUCAUUUCCACUUGAAAAGAAAAAUUGGAUAUUUUGUGAUUCAGACAUAUCUGCCUUGCAUCAUGACUGUUAUUCUCUCCCAAGUGUCAUUCUGGCUUAACCGAGAAUCUGUGCCUGCAAGGACUGUGUUUGGGGUAACAACUGUUUUAACAAUGACAACUCUAAGCAUUAGUGCUCGAAAUUCUCUCCCUAAAGUGGCUUAUGCAACUGCCAUGGACUGGUUCAUUGCUGUUUGUUAUGCAUUUGUGUUUUCUGCACUUAUUGAAUUUGCUACUGUCAAUUACUUCACCAAAAGAGGAUGGGCUUGGGAUGGAAAAAGUGUUGUAAAUGACAAGAAAAAAGAAAAGACUACUGUCGUGAUACAGAACAAUGCUUAUGCCGUGGCUGUGGCCAAUUAUGCCCCGAACCUUUCAAAAGAUCCAGUUCUCUCUACCAUUGCCAAGAGUGCAACCACUCCAGAACCGAACAAGAAGCCAGAAAACAAGCCACCUGAAGCCAAGAAAACUUUCAACAGUGUUAGCAAAAUUGACAGAAUGUCUAGAAUAGUUUUUCCAGUUCUGUUUGGGACAUUUAAUUUGGUUUACUGGGCUACAUAUUUAAACAGGGAGCCUGUACUGGGGGUCAGUCCUUGAAUGGAGACUUGGGUUGUCUUUGAUGAAGAGCACCAUUACCUUGGUUUGUUUUGCUAUGUACAGACUGACUAAUAACUGCUAAUUUGAGAGUUAACAUGUACAGUAUGUAUAUAUUGAUAUAAAUUACCUUAGAUGUCUAAAAGAUAUUUGCUAAGUCAUGGCACUGAAGGCAGGAAAUGUCCAAUGCCAAAAGAGCCACUGCCUUUUAAAAAGAUUUGCCCUAGAACUAGAUGAAUGUGACUUUCAGGUGAUUUAUCUCCUCUCUUCUAACAGUGAUGGAUAUGGGUAUCCUAUGCUUCACUUUAUAGGGCCUUUGGAUUUGGGUCUCAAAAAUGGGUAUUUUUUACGAUCACCUAAUUAUAAUGUAAGAUUACCAUUCAUUAUCAUCACAAAAUGAAUCCUUUAAAAUAACAGAACUUCAUAUCAAGAACAUUAGUUUCAUUCUUGAGUGCUCUAAAUCCCUGCUAGUGUAAUUGAAAGCUUGGCACACAUAAGAAGAAAAAAAAUUGAAAUCAGCUUUUUACUCUGUAUAGUAUUGAUAGCCAUGUAUAUAUUACAGCAUGACCAGCUCAAAUAAUUAUGAGUUAACCCUGACAGAAAGUAAAUUAUGCCUAGAAUUUAAUUAAUAAUGGAAUGUCAUGGUCAUUACACUUUUAGUAUCAGAAUUUAUUUGAAAAAUCAAUCAUUAAAAUUCUAAAAAUUAUUUUAAUUCUUGGAAACUACUUUAAAUUUAUAAAAGAUAAAUAUGUCUUAACUCUUUCCAGGUAUGAGUUAUGUUGAUAUUGACAGACUAAUAUUUUUGGUGCUGGAGAUGAGAAAGCAUUCAGCAUGGCUUAAGUGGAGCAGAGUUUGUAUUGGAUUAGGAAAGUGUGCCCCCAAACUCCCACAAUUAGAAUUCAUAGGUGUCACAGAAUAUAGAUAAGCACUUAUACAAUUCUCUUCUUUCCUGUUUACUACAAAUUCUGCCUUAAGGCUUCUUUACAUCCAGAGUUAGAAGCCACUAAUCAUAAAGGAAAGGGUGCUGAAUUGGCACCUUUUUCUUUCUUGAAAGUUGUUUGUCCACUUAAGAAUUAAUGUAAAUCUGUUUUUGUAAAUUACAACUUAAAAUUUUGUUGUCAAAAAUUUACAACAGCUUUGUAUACCUGGAAAGAUUUUGGUAAGAGUUGAACAUUUUUAAACUGAAACUUUAAAGUAUCACAGAUUGUGGGUUAGAUCAUAGACAGAAACAUGAACACAUAUGUACAUCAAACACACAAUUAGCUAAAUUAGAACAGAACACAAUGGGAACUAAAUUAGAAACCACAAUUUUCAAUUUUAUAAAAUUUCUAAUUGCUAAUGUGUAAGAUUCAUAUUUCUUUAAUAUUAAAUAUUUCUUUAUUCUCCCCAGAAUAUAUUAGUAAAUGUAACCAACGUGUCUCAUGCCUAGAUUCAGUGUUUUCACAAACACAAUUCUUUGUCUCAUAUACAUAUUAGCAGUUAUCAGUUGACUUUUAAUAUUAGAUACACCUUAGUGAUGGUGUUUUUGUAGAAAAAAAGUAGUCAAAUAGUGACAUUUCUUGCAGUUUUGUACAGUAUUUCAGUAUAGUGCAUAAAAAAGUAUGUUCAUUAAAAUAAUAAAAAGAAUAUCUUAUGAAAAUAAGCAAA